GCUCGCGCACUCCCAUCAUUCCCUGUGUAAUUUUUGUAAACAUGGCUGCGACACUGGCUUCUGAACCCCAGCGCUCCCAAACAUAAACUAUUCAUUCAGCAGCAACGGGAGGACGGAGUAGUAAGAUGAAGUAACGGAAUGAUGCUGCAUUGGGUCGUUUUUAAAACACGAGAAGAAUAAGAAGACGAAGAUGACCACCGACUGCGAUAUAUUUACCUUAAACAGCGACUGAGCUGAACGGCAGAAAGUUUUCUCUGUGUGAAGUUUGACAGCCACUUGGCUUGCUAGAGAGCAAACUUAGCCUAGCUAGCAAACUAUUCAAGCUAGUCUGACGUUAGACUAGAUGUUUAUUCACAUUUGGAGAUAUUUAGAUGAAUAGCGAGACCUUUUGGUGAAAUUUCGAGUCAGUUGUGUUAAUAUAAGUUUUAAGGAGAGAACUAGCUAAACCAGCUCGGUACUGAACACGGGUCUGUACAGGGACAUCACCACUGUGGGUUUCCUUUUGGGCUUUUUUUUUGUUAUUUAAACGAGUGAAUGAAUGAAUAAUGUUACUCCUUUAUCCUGAGAGGAUGGAUUUGGUGUAAUACCGUUACAUCAUUAUCCCCAAGUAGGAACUUAGCAGGGAAAUGCAAUGGUGCUGCUACAAUCCUUCAUAAUCAUCCAUCCAACAAGUCCGUCUUGCUAAAAAUACACCAGCUGCUCUUCUUUGGAUAUCAACAGCUCUGUGUGUCGGAAACAUGUUUUCUCCAAAAUCUCCGAAGCCGACAUUUACUUCAUAUCUUUCCCCACUUCAGACUGAUGCGAAGAAAUAUCUCCCUGUCUCCACCAAGAAACUCGAGGCCAGACUCUUACCAGGGGAGAUCGUGGUAAACGAGGCAAACUUUGUGCGGAAGUGCAUUGGGGCAGACAGCAGUCAAGAUGACCUGUGGGGAAAACUCAUCUGCACCAACUUCAAGGUGUCCUUCGUUACCCAUGAUUCCUUGCCACAACAGAGGUUCCAGUGUGUCCACCGCCUCUUGGGAGAACACGACGUCCCGCUGACAUGUGUGGAGCAGGUCGUGACUGUAAAUGAUGCGAAGGGUAAGCAGAAGGUUCUGGGCUCCAAUAAGAAGCUAAAGUUUAAUCCCACAGAGUUAAUCCUGUACUGCAAGGAUUUCCGGAUCGUCCGCUUCCGCUUCGAUGAGGCUGGACCUGAGAGUGCCAAGAAGGUUUGCCUUGCUAUUGCACACUACUCUCACCCAGCCGACAGUCAGCUACUGUUUGGGUUCGAGUACGUUGGUACGUGCUUCUACGGCUCCUCGGGUGAGAAGGUGAAUGGAGUGGACUCGGGGAAGGGUGUGCAGACAGCCAUGUUUGACUGCUCUUCUGACUGGGACAGAGAGAUCAAACGCUCCGGUGCUACAGAAUGGAGAGUGUGUGCCAUUAAUGAGGAGUAUUUGGUCUCCCCAAGUCUCCCGGAGUUCUUUGUAGUCCCGUGUUCCUUGGCAGAUCAGGACCUGAAGCAGUACGCCUGUUACUUUAAAGCUCAACGUCUCCCGUUAUGGUGCUGGAAUCAUCCCAAUGGGAGUGCCCUGGUUCGUAUGUCCAGCAUCACCGAGCCCCAGCAGCAGAGGAAGCUAGAUCAAAGGAUUUGCAGUGCAAUAAUGAAAAGCCACCCGAUGCGCAGCAACGUCCUAAAGACAGAUUUGGACAAGAGUCUGCCGAGCAUCCAGGAGAUCCAGGCUGCAUUAGUGAAGUUGCGGCAGAUCUGUGUGAUUGAUCCCUUCGAGGAGUCUGAAGAGAAGUGGCUGUCGUCCAUGGAAAGUUCACGGUGGAUGGAAUAUGUCAGGGCGUUUUUGAGGCAUGCAGUGGAGGUCAUCUUCAUGCUGGAGGGGAAGCAAUCCUCUGUCAUUCUGCAAGAAGAAGAAGACCGGGAUUUGAGCUGCGUCAUUGCGUCUCUGGUGCAGCUCAUGUGCGACCCUCAUUGCCGGAGUCUGGCAGGUUUUCAGGGCCUGGUGCAGAAGGAGUGGGUGAUGGCUGGCCAUCGCUUCCUCGACCGUUGCAAUCAUUUGAAGAAGAACGACAAGGAGGAGUCUCCCCUGUUUUUGCUGUUCCUGAACUGCGUAUGGGAGUUAAUGGAGCAGUACCCAGCAGCCUUCGAGUUCACAGAGAUGUACCUCACGGUGCUGAGCGACAGCAUGUGGGUCCCUGUGUUCAGCACUUUCCUUUUCAACUGCCCACGACAAAGGGCUGAACACAGCAGGGACUUUGCCCUGAGUAAGAGUAUAUCCCUGGGACAUGACAAAGUUCUGCAGUUCCCACCUGUGUGGGACUGGUCGCAGCAGUUCAGCCUGAAGGAUCAGACUCUCUUUAACAAUCCUCUGUACGUGGGCAAGAGCACCCCCUGUGUGCACAACGGCACGGUGCGGACCUUCACACACAGGCGUAGCAAGAAAAACUACAGUUCCACACUGCGAGGUCUGCCUUCAGAGCUGAAGAAUGGCGGUCUGACUGUACUUGAUACUCUGCCUCGACGUAAUUCUUUGAUGCCGCGACUCCGUACUGACGCUUCACAGGCGAACGAGAAGCAGGAGAGCCCUGCCGAACACUUCCUGCAGGACUGGAUUUCUCGGCCAGCCGACCUGCAGGGUUUGCUGCUGCCACAGCUCCUGCCUUCCCAUCUACCCCUAUGGAAGCUCUACUUCCUGCGCUGGGUGCCCGAGGCCCGCAUCCCCAACGGUGGCCCCAUCACCACCUUCCACAAGCUCUCUGUGCUGGUGGACGAGAUAGAAAUUCUACAGAAUCAGCUGAGGCAGUACACAGGAGGGGCGACUCCAGCGCGCAGCCCCCAGGAUGAACCCAGCAAAAUGUACUUUAGGGCAGGAUUGUCUCCAAGCGAGUCCCCUACUCCUCCUGAGUACCUCAGCUCCUCAUUCCCCUUCUCCCCUAUGGGCAAUCUGUGUCGCCGCAGCAUCCUGGGUACUCCCCUCAGCAAACUCCUCAACGGAGCCAGAAUCUGGCUGUCCACAGAGACGCUGGCCAAUGAGAACCUCUGAAAACCUGAAGCCUGAUUAGAGGCCUCCAAGCAGCGCUUGGAUUGAUGUAGCGUCACUGUGCAUGAUUGGAAGCCUCUAGAAUGUUCUCCCGUAUUCACACUGGUCCAUUUGGCUUGUCGGUUCUUUUAAAGAGCUCUUCAGCCACAUGCCAACAUCAGAAUAAUACUGGUCAGUUGCGAUGGUGUGUAUUUGGCAAUGGACAAAGAAAAGUCAUAGCUAACACUGAAUCAUGCUGUGACGUUAAGAUAGAGAUUCUUUUAUUUCUGUGCUGGUUUGAUUUACUAAAGAUUUAGUAUGUUGUCCAGUAGGCAUGAGCCAAUAUUAGAAUUUCAGAUCACCGUAACUGCCCAGAUCGCCUGGAUUCCAAGUGCAGUUUUUGUAAUUACUAAGAAAUUACGCCUCAGUGGGAGAUGUUCCAUGGUUCUGUCUAUCCUUGAACUCUCAUCUAAUGAAUAUUGCAAUAUGGUGUAUAAAUCGGUACAUGCCUAUUGUUCAGAAUUUAUUUGCCAGUCUUUGGGUGUGUGUUUUUUUUUUCUUUCUUUCUUUCUCCAUUUACAAAGCACCAGUAUGAAUUCGCACAUUCUUCUAUAUAGUUUCACGCUUUCUGAACUGCCAGUACUGAUUAAUUUCUUGUUUUUUUGGGGGAGUUAUGGCAUUAGGAUAAAUGAUGAAAGUAGGACUGUAAGUUAAGCCUGUGGUAGAAAAAUCUUUUAACUCUUAAUUUUUUAUUUUUUUUAUUUUAUUUUAGUAUGUAUAGUUAUAUCGAUUUUGUAAGAGGCCUUCUGGAAAGGUCUAACCGUAGGUAGCUAUUAUUAAAAUUGUGACUCGUAUGGGUAAUGUCAGGGAUUGCCCACAAUAACCCCCAAAUGCAGGUGACUACUGUGCACUCACAGUGAUCUCUAACACACACAGGCUGGUCCUCGUCCGUUAGAUCCCUCACCCAACAGACGCACAGAAUAGCUGCUCCGAAUGACUGACUACUGCUCCAACCAAUCAGCCGGUUGAACUGGUACAGCAGUCGAGUGCACCGUAUCCCAAUAGGCACAUAGUGAAUUAGCUUUAGAUUGGAAAGUCGAGCUUGUAAAGGUAGGUUAGGAGUUUUAUUGGGGGAGGGGGAGGGGGGGAACAGCACUUGUUACCUCUGUUUUUUUUUUUUUGUUGUUGUGUUUUUUUUUUAACUGGACAGUCACCUUUUGUUUGAUCUGUAGCCUUCUAUAAAGACAUGAAUUUAUCUUAGAUGUAGAUCAGGGUUUGGGACGAGGGUGGACGAUAUGUUGAUAGAAAUAUCACAAUAAAUUGUCAUGAUCUACUUUUCUGAAAGUAUCAUGAGGAUUGUUGUAGAAUUGUGUUAUUACUCACAGUAGCAAGUAGUGUAUUGGAUAUUAAUAUAAUUUUCCCUACUUUUUCUUCCUAAAAACAAAAAUAAUUUGCAGGGUUUUUAAAAAAAAAUAAUUAUUAUUUUAUUUAGUUCUACUAAUUUGACUGUUUUAGUGAAACAGACAUGUAUUGUAAGAAUGCCUUCAGACAUUGUGACGUUUUUUGACAUAUGGCCCACCCUUAUAUUGUGAACAUGUAUUUGGAUGCAACUUUAUUUUUUACCUUUUGUUGUCAUAAAUAUGGUACUUUUUUCACCCAUUAAUUCCCAAUAAUAUUUUUGUGAUUAGUUUACCACUAAUGCAGUGCACUCGAAGCUGUUGACCGCAGAAAUUACUUGACCUUAACACAUUUAAGAUUUUUCACGAAACAGCGUUGAUAUUUAUUUAGAUAUGCAAAGAAGCUGAACCAGGGUUGUUUAUUCUAAUCCUGUGUGCCUUUUUGAAAUCGUGGCCUUGCUAUUGAGUGGAUGUUUUUCUUUCUGGUCCUUUCUCUCAGGCUGUAACAUGCCGGCACUGCCUCCUACAUCAGUGGCUAAACUCAACAUAAUUCCAAAGCUAUGUGUGGUCAUGUGUAGAAUUGUGUUAAGUAUAAGCUAUGAGGUGGUGUGCUGGGCUUCUGUACAUCUAAAAGGGCUCUGAUGAACUGAACUAUUCUCAGCGCUACGGGGCCCGACUCUGAGCCGCUAUGCAAGACACCAUGCUUCUGAUUUGUUUCCUUGUGAAUUAAAAAUGGGUUGACACUUC